GUUUUGCGGGCGAAUUGCCAUUUGUUUUAGCCUUAUACUCCGCGUACGUAACCUUACACUGUUGCGCAAUCGCUGUGUAGCCUCCUAUAUCUGCUGCCGAGCCGCAGCAGCGUGAAACGAGGCGCUCGCGGAGCCCCAGUAGCCGCUGCAGUCUCCAUCGCUCUCCAGAAGAACCAGCAGCACGUGACUGCUGCGCGACCCCAUAACGCCGCCGCCGCACACCCGUGAACGACAGCAACAUGAACGCCAUCAAAAAAGCCCUGGGCCUGAGCACGGAGCCCGCGUCCGAGAGGUUCGCGAAGGACGACAUCGCCGAAGUUAAGAAGUGUGAACAGAAGACGCGAGACGCUUGUUUGAGGCAGCUCGAGUUCUACUUUUCGGAUGUGAACCUGCCCUACGACGACUUCUACCUCAAGGCCAGGAACAAGGCGGGCGAGAUCGACUGUGAGGUGCUCGCGAACAGUGCGAGAAUUAAGCAGUUCACUAAAAAACUGACACCGAUCCAACGAGCGUAUCUAUUAUGGGACGUCGCGUCUGCCUCGGACUCCGUGGUGCGCGGUGCUGAAGGUUUUCUCAAAAGACGUUGGCCGAUGCCGAAGGAGGAUAAGAGCAACAAGAACAUGGCUUUUUUGGAGUUGAAGGUCGACGAGGGCGGGCCUGAAUUAUCUUCUAUACUAGAUGAGAAAGCGUUUCAGACAGCACUGGAGAAGCGGGGUGAUGCUGCCUCUUUCAAGCCUGUGUUGAGCGUGCGACCGCGGCGAGACCUGCGGAAGACUCGGACACUCACUGGAGGCGUGCUCGUAGAAUUGGAGUCCAAGGCCAAGGCCGACGCUUUGUUGAAAGCUUCGAAAGACGAGCCGUUGCUGCCCAAACAGCCAAAAGUCAAAGUCGUCACCUCGUCCGACGGGCUGUCGUUUUUUGAUCGCUUGGAGGCCGACUGUUUGGCGUUCCGGGAGGAGGGCGAGAAGCGCAAGGCCAAGCGCAAGGCCGAGAAGGAGGAGAAGAAGAAGAGGAAGGCUGAAGAAGCCGAGAAGGGCGAGGGCGAUGCCAAGCCGUCGGCGAAGAAGGCGAAGAAGGGCGGCAAGAAGGGUAAGGGUGGUGGCCGCGGGCGCGGGCGCGGCGGCGGGCGCGGGCGCGGCGGCGGCCGGGGCAUUUCGCCCAAAUCGCCCAAAAAGCGCAAGAGCGGUGACGGUGGCGACGACGAGAAGAAGCCGGCCAAGAAGGCGAAGGCGAAGAAGGAGGAGUAGAUUCGUCUAAGACAAUCACAAGAA